CUGAGAGGAGAGGAUACGUGAAUCGUCCAGUGCAAACUCUAUUGUUUGAAACUUACUUUAUAUCAGAAUUUGAAGAUGAAAACGGUACAAAAGUGGCCCUAUUUCUACAAUUAUCCAGCCUAAUGCCAUACUCAUGAAAAUUUUUACAACGUUAUCUUUCUUUUUCAUUUGGGACUGAAAAAAAAUGAAUCCAGAGAGAAGAGAAAGUACAGGAUGUUGGAAACGAGCACCUGCUAAAGAGUGGAAUAUCUACUAACCAAAUUUUCAAUAAAUAGUAAACUGUUAUGCUGCGAUUCUGGAGUGGUGUGAAUUCUCUAGCAACUAGGUAGCCCUCCAACAACACAACCAGUUUUUUCUAAAUUAUGGAAAUUUUGUGGAAGACGUUGACCUGGAUUUUGAGCCUCGUCAUGGCUUCAUCGGAAUUUCACAGUGACUCCAGGCUUUCAUACCGCUCCCAAGAGGAAUUCCUGUCAUACCUUGAACACUACCAACUCACCAUCCCAAUCAGGGUUGAUCAAAAUGGAGCUUUCCUCAGCUUUACUGUGAAAAAUGACAAACACUCAAGGAGAAGGCGGAGUACGGACCCUAUUGACCCACAGCAGGCAGGAUCUAAGUUAUUUUUUAAACUCUCAGCCUAUGGCAAGCACUUUCAUUUAAACUUGACUCUCAACACAGAUUUAGUGUCCAAACAUUUUACCGUGGAAUACUGGGGGAGAGAUGGGCCCCAGUGGAAGCAUGGUUUUUUAGACAACUGUCAUUACACAGGAUACUUACAAGAUCAACACAGCACAACUAAAGUGGCUAUGAGCAACUGCAUCGGGUUGCAUGGUGUUAUUGCUACAGAAGAUGAGGAAUAUUUUAUUGAGCCUUUGAGGAAUGCUACAGAAGAUUCUAAACAUUUUAGUUAUGAAAAUGGCCACCCUCAUGUUGUUUACAAAAAGUCUACCCUUCAACAAAGGCAUCUGUAUGAUCACUCUCAUUGUGGUGUUUCAGACCUCCCAAGAAGCAGCAGCAAACCUUGGUGGCUGAAUGAUACCUCUGCUCUUCCAGCUUCUCUCCCAAUUAAUGACACUUUAAGUAGCCAUCGCAGACAGAAGAGAUCUGUCAGCACUGAACGAUUUGUGGAGACGUUGGUCGUGGCAGACAAAAUGAUGGUGGGCUACCAUGGACGCAAAGAUAUUGAACAUUACAUUUUGAGUGUAAUGAAUAUUGUUGCCAAACUUUACCGGGAUUCUAGCCUAGGAAACGUUGUGAAUAUCAUAGUGGCUCGUUUAAUUGUUCUCACCGAAGAUCAGCCAAACUUGGAGAUAAACCACCAUGCAGACAAGUCCCUCGAUAGCUUCUGUAAAUGGCAGAAAUCCAUUCUCUCCCACCAAAGUGAUGGAAACACCAUUCCAGAAAAUGGGAUUGCCCACCACGAUAAUGCGGUUCUUAUUACUAGAUAUGACAUCUGCACUUAUAAAAACAAGCCCUGUGGAACAUUGGGCUUGGCCUCUGUGGCUGGAAUGUGUGAGCCUGAAAGGAGCUGCAGCAUUAAUGAAGACAUUGGCCUGGGCUCCGCUUUUACCAUUGCUCAUGAGAUUGGUCACAAUUUUGGGAUGAACCACGAUGGAAUUGGAAAUUCUUGUGGGACCAAAUCACGAAGCAGCAAAACUUAUGGCAGCUCACAUUACUGCAAACACCAAUCCUUUCUCCUGGUCUGCCUGCAGCAGAGACUACAUUACAAGCUUUCUAGAGAAGUGUGUAGAGAGCUCUGGUGCCUCAGCAAAAGUAAUCGCUGUGUUACCAACAGUAUUCCGGCUGCAGAGGGGACACUGUGCCAAACUGGGAGCAUUGAAAAAGGGUGGUGUUAUCAGGGAGAGUGUGUUCCUUUUGGCACUUGGCCCCAGAGCGUAGAUGGGGGCUGGGGUCCCUGGUCAAUAUGGGGAGAGUGCAGCAGGACCUGCGGGGGAGGCGUCUCCUCAUCCUUAAGACACUGUGACAGUCCAGCACCUUCGGGAGGUGGAAAAUAUUGCCUUGGGGAAAGGAAACGGUAUCGCUCCUGUAACACAGAUCCAUGCCCUUCAGGGGCCCGAGAUUUUCGAGAAAAACAGUGUGCAGAUUUUGACAAUAUGCCUUUUCGGGGGAAAUAUUAUAACUGGAAGCCCUACACUGGAGGUGGGGUGAAGCCCUGUGCAUUGAAUUGCUUGGCCGAAGGUUACAAUUUUUAUACAGAACGUGCCCCUGCCGUGAUAGAUGGAACUCAAUGCAAUGCCGAUUCACUGGAUAUCUGUAUCAACGGAGAGUGCAAGCAUGUAGGUUGUGAUAAUAUUUUGGGAUCUGAUGCUAGGGAAGACAGAUGUCGAGUCUGUGGAGGGGAUGGAAGCACAUGUGAUGCCAUUGAAGGGUUUUUCAAUGAUUCAUUGCCCAGAGGAGGCUACAUGGAAGUUGUUCAUAUUCCAAGAGGUUCUGUCCACAUUGAAGUGAGAGAGGUGGCCAUGUCAAAAAACUACAUUGCUUUAAAAUCUGAAGGAGAUGACUACUAUAUUAAUGGUGCCUGGACUAUUGACUGGCCAAGGAAGUUUGAUGUUGCUGGAACAGCUUUUCAUUACAAGAGGCCAACUGAUGAACCAGAGUCACUGGAAGCCCUGGGUCCCACCUCAGAAAAUCUCAUCAUCAUGAUUCUACUUCAGGAACAGAAUUUGGGGAUUAGAUAUAAAUUCAACGUUCCUAUCACUCGCACGGGCAGUGGAGACAAUGAAGUUGGCUUUGCAUGGAAUCAUCAGCCUUGGUCAGAAUGUUCAGCUACUUGUGCUGGAGUGGCCACCAAUGCAAUUCUUUACCUCUGGCUGGGAGAGCAGGACAGUUGGCUUCCUUCAAAGCCAACACCAUUGCUGCUGCAUGGACUGAAGCAAGAGGCAGUAUGUAAAAGGCUAGAUGACAACUCAAUUGUGCAGAACAAUUACUGUGACCCUGAUGCCAAACCACCAGAAAACCAGCGUGCUUGCAACACUGAACCUUGCCCACCUGAGUGGUUUAUUGGGGAUUGGUUGGAGUGCAGCAAGACCUGUGAUGGUGGAAUGCGUGCGAGGACAGUGCUCUGUAUCAGGAAGAUUGGACCUUCUGAGGAGGAGACACUGGACUACAGUAGCUGUUUAACCCAUCGGCCCAUUGAAAAAGAGCCCUGCAACAACCAGUCUUGUCCCCCUCAGUGGGUUGCUUUGGACUGGUCAGAAUGCACUCCAAAAUGUGGCCCAGGAUUCAAGCACCGGAUUGUUCUGUGCAAGAGCAGUGACCUUUCUAAAACGUUUCCAGCUGCCCAUUGCCCAGAGGAAAGCAAACCUCCCGUCCGCAUCCGCUGCAGCCUGGGCCGCUGCCCUCCUCCUCGCUGGGUGACUGGAGACUGGGGCCAGUGUUCUGCUCAGUGUGGACUCGGACAGCAAAUGAGGACCGUUCAGUGUCUCUCUUACACGGGGCAAGCAUCCAGUGAUUGUCCAGAAACAGUCCGGCCUCCGUCUAUGCAGCAGUGUGAGAGCAAAUGUGACAGUACUCCCAUUUCCAAUACCGAAGAGUGCAAAGAUGUGAACAAAGUGGCCUAUUGCCCACUGGUGUUGAAGUUUAAGUUCUGCAGUCGUGCAUACUUCCGACAGAUGUGUUGUAAGACGUGCCAAGGACACUGACCCACAGAGAGCAAGAGAGAGAGAGAGAGAGAGAGCACCUUGUUAUUUCAUCGUGGAGAUGUGUCCAUCAAAGAGAGCCACCCAGAGGAAGGGGAUUGACGUCCUUGCGAAUGCAUUACCCUGUGGAAAACGUAACCACUGGUCAGCCCCAGCUGACAGGAUUUCAAUAUUAUUUUAACUUCUGUGAAGUGGGAUUUAUUGAUCCAAAGUGCUGGACACAGUAUAAGGAGGGAAUGCCAGAUCGGAGAGAUCCAAACAACACAGAACAUCAAUCACUUACUGUGGAACUGUUGUGUUUCUUCAAGUAAUAGCCCGUUUACCUCCUUGGACCAUUAAGAUAAUUUUUAUUAUGGACUUAGCAAUGACACUGAAUCCAUUGUAUUUAAAACUGUUUAAAAUGUAGCUGUUAUGACUUGGUCUACUAUGGAAGUAAAGAAGAUUCAGAAAUCUGAAGUCAUAGCUUAAAAUAUUUACUGUAUUUUAUCUCACUACAACAGCACCACAGUUUAAAUUAUAAAACCAGGCUUUGAAAUGUAUUUAAGGAGCAAUUAUAAAUCAGAAGUAAAGAAAAUUUGUAUUAUUUUUCUUCAUUCCACCUCAUUUCCUUAGGAGUAAUUCCCCUUUUCUGAACACUGCUGUGAGCCAUUUAUAAAAUGCUAUUAAACAGAGUGACAAUGAGGGACAGAGUGGAAGGCAGUGCAUCAGAUGCUGCAGCUGGGCAUGAAAUACAAGUCUAUACAUUCAGUGCUAAAGGUAUGUAGCCAUCUGGCCACUGGACAAGUGAAACUGAGAUUUCUAUUAAUCUUUUAAGGGAAAAGCACUUCAAUUCCGUAGAGAAGCCAGACUCGAGGUGGGAUGGAGACUGAGCUACCAGGCCCUAGGUUGCCCCUGUAUGGGCAGGAUGCCUGGCUGCCUUUUUUGGCCUCUCCAGCUGACCAUUGUUUACGUCAAUAGCCACAGAACGGCUCAUUGCAUUGUUAGCCUCCAGUUGGACUUAGCAAGAGGAUAUGUGCAACAGCUAGCCUGGCUAUGUCAUAACAAGACAGUUCUUUCUGCAAACUAUGUUGACAGUUCAGUGGGAUCCAGAUGCCCCCUUCUUUGAUAUGGUAGAAGGGCAUUUAUUUAUAGGAGAGCAAGAGAAUGUGUGUGUGCGUGCAUGUGUGCACACGCGCUUGUGUGCGCGUGCUUUGGGGUGUGUAUGGAUAGAGCAGUGUGUACUUGAAGGUAAACGUGCCAUUUCUGUGAGCAUUAGAGAGGAUUGUAACCAAAGAAGAAAAAAAUGCAUGAGGACUAUAGGUCACGGUAACCUCAUUUCAUCACUCCCUGAAGCGCGGGUUUCAGUUUGCUUAUGGCUACUCCGAAUUGUGAUUAAAUGUGAAACCCGGUUCCUUGGGCAAAUCUAAUUCUAGAAUCCAAUGAAUCUAAAAACACAAGGGCCAGCUCUUUGUCUUUCCGGUCCCCAGUCCCCCGUCCUGCUCUAUGAGAGACUUCACAAGGAGACAAAAGAAAGAGUAUGCUCACCAGAAUAUCUGGUGUAUGAGCUUUUGUAUCCCACUCAGCAGAACUCCGUUGUUGUAGCAGUUGCAGUCUAUCAUGUGAACGUCAACAAUACCUUGUGCUUAAUACUAAAACCCAAAUGGCACUUUUAGGAAGUAGUGCUGUCAGUGAAAGAGUAUUUUAGAGCUCAAUCCAACUCAUCCCUGUGUUCCCAAACAGCAUGAUAAAUGUGUCCCACUCUCAGUAGGACUAAUGUGAGUGAGUAGGGAGGGGCUGACUGUGUGUCUCUCUCUCUCUCUCUGUGUCUGUAUCUUGGUCUCUGUUUCUCUGUCUCUCUCUAUAUCUCUCUCUUUCUCUCUGAUUCUGUCUCUCUCUGUCUCUUUCACUUUUUUUCCCCUAAAAGGAAAGAGAAGAAUUCAUACUCUGAUUCUUGGACUCAGAAAACUAACCAAACUAUGAAUAUUUUAGGCUAAUUUGUUUGGGAUGCUGUUCAGCACACUACCCUUAAGCCUGAUCAUCCCCAUCCAAUCAGCAGCUUUCUCUUUCAACAUCACAGCAAGCUUCCAAGUUUCCCCAAUGUGCUUUUCAUACAGGGUAGGGAGCCCUUGAUGAUAUGAAAGUGGUUCCUUGCCUAGGCCUCUCAGAUGCCACAGACCUAGCAACCCGAAUUUUAUCUGUCUUCUUCAUGUGGUUACCUUGGUGCUAGUGUGUCCUGGUGAGGUCAAGAAAAGAGAAAGGUGGGGCUCUGGUACUUCCAAGUACAGGUAGCUCUCAGGAUCAGAUUUUCUCCAGGGCACAAUUAUAAAUAUUAACUAAUGUUUCUUCAUCAGAGGAGUUUUGUUAAUAUCAUUAACUAGAGGAGAAGGACCCUCCUUUUUUUUUUCUUUACCUCACUUAAAAUAUUAACUUUGCAAAGGCUGUCCCCAUGGGCGCAGCUUGAUGCUCCCGCUGGUGCUAGAACAAAGGGUGUCCAAUGUUUACUGGUCAAUUUCAACAACACUGUGGCUGGAAUUUAGAGAAUCUCCUAGGGCAAAAUCGGACUGCAUUGUUAAAGGGAAUAAAACACAGAAUGUAUCUGGGUUUAUUAACUAAAGGAAGCUUCAGACUAGGACCUGAAACUGAAACCUGACAAAAAAAAUAAUAAUUUCUAAUUUUUUUCCCCACAGCAGAGCAGGUUGCUGGUGCUGCUGCUGCUGCUGCUUUUGUAGCCCCCUCUGUAAUCCAAGCUAAACAACACUACACCCUAAAUAAUGACAGGACUGUCUGAAAAAGCUGAGUCACAUCAGGCAGGCCCCAGUCUAGUAGUAGUAAAAGCAUAUUGAAGGCACCAAAAAAAUUCAGUGGUGCCCGUAACUGCUAUUGGGCAGUAAUAGCCACAGGGGCUGUUACUGUCUAACCACAGCAACAACAAAAAGUUAAAAUGUGCCCUAGAGCUUAAAAUCCAAAACAGCCCAUUUAAUUAGCAUCUUUAUUAAUGGAGUGAAUGUUCACAUAGGUAUCCUUAACAAUACAGAAUGAAAUUACCUUUGUAUUAUUGUGAUUAGUUGCUUAUUAUUUUAUACUCAGUAUUAAUGUGUUACACUGUUAUUUUUUUUGCUUUUGUAAAUUAUAUUCUAAUUUAUUGCCAUGUUUCCUAACACUUGUCCUACAUUCAUCCUCCUGCUUGUAAUGAAAACAAAAAUUUUGUAACACUUGAUGGAGUGAAAUUCCACACCAGGCACAGAUUUUUUUUUAAC